AUGGGUCACCAAUUUGAUUCAAUGUCAGAUGCCCAGUUGCAAGCUAAACUAGCUGCAGCUGGGUUUCCAGUUUUGCCUAUAACAGCGACUACUAGACCUCUGUUGAUGAAAAAAUUGCAAUCAGGACUUGUUAGCAAAAAUUGCCAAGAAACCCCUAAAUAUUACACAAUGGUUGAUCGAGUCUACUCCAUGUCAGAUGUAGAACUGCAAAAGGCAUUAGUUGAGUUCGGAUAUCGGAUAAUGCCUGUCACAGCUACCACCAGAAAAGUGUUGCUGAAAAAGUUAAUUUCAAUUUAUGAUGGGACGUCGACUGCUCGUAAAACAGCUGCAAAUAAUAGCAGUAAAGAAUUUUGUUUUAACCCAUCUACCCUGAGCCGUCCGGAUUAUAAAUUCGCUCCUAACCUGUCUUCGUUGAAGUCUAGUGUCUCAGAGGCUGAUAUUAAUAUAUUUGGAAUUGAUAGGAAAACUACUACUGAACAAUUUAGACCAUCUUUUGAGCCUGAAGCAAACAAGAAUCCUUUAUUGUAUAAUAAUGAUACUCCAGCAACACUGGAUCAAUUGCCAUCACGAACCAAAGACUGUAACAUGAGGAAUAUGGAUGAUUAUGAAAAGAAUAUAAUUGACAUGUUCCAGACAUUUAGCAGUCAGCAAGACAAACGCUUUCGUGAAAUGUUAACAAACAUUAACACUACAAGGCAAGACAUGUUCCAGAACUUAUCGAAUCAGCAGGAAGUACGCUUCCGGGAAUUAUUGACUGACCUGAAUUGUGCUAGGCAAGAAAUAUACCAGACAGUCUCGAUUCAGCAAGAAAAAUGUUUUAAAGAACUGCUGACUAAUCUUAACUCAACGAGGCAAAAUAUGUUUCAAGAAUUAUCAAAUCAGCAGGACAAACGUUUUAAUGACCUGAUUGCCAGCCUUCAGAGUACAAAAGAUGACGUGUGUCAGUUGCUGUAUGAUCAGCGAGAGAAACAGUUUGAAGAGUUACUAUCAAAUGUGAAUCGUAUAAAAGUGGAAAAGGCGAUACUUACAAAACUGUUAAUAAUUUAUCGUCAAAAUACGACGAAGUACUUCUCCGACUACAAAAAACAGAUGCUGAAAAAAGAGAUGGUGAGGAAAACAUUCAGAGACUACAAAAGAAGUUGGAUAUAUUAG